AUGGGGAAGCUGAAGAAAGCCAGUUCUUCUUCUUCAUCUGUAAAUCUAAGUGAAAUCCUUAUGACCCUUGCAAAUGAUAUCAUAUGUAGAGUUUCCUUGGGAAGAAAAUAUAGUGUUGAGGAAAGUGGAAUCGAUGUGAAGAGCACAAUGAAGGAAAUUAUGGAGCUCCUGGGCACUUUUCCUCUGGGGGAAUACAUUCCAAGUUUGGCAUGUAUUGAUAGGUUCCGUGGUGUGGGUGAUAAAAUGGACGAAGUAAAUAACAAGUUCAAUGGUUUUGUUGAAAGAGUGGUACAAGAGCAUAUAGAUGCAGAUAAAGGGAGAUCAGAUUUCGUGGAUAUAUUGCUAUCGAUUCAAAGAGAUAAAUCAUUACCGGACUUCGACAGAAAAAACUUGAAACUAAUCCUAUGGGAAAUGUUUAUAGCAGGAACCACAACAACUUCCUCAACCCUAGAAUGGAGAAUGACAAUGCUUAUCAAAUAUCCAGAGUGUAUGAGGAAACUCCAAGAAGAGAGACAUUUUGAUUCUCCUUUGGAUUUCAAAGGUCAACAUUUUAUGUACAUUCCAUUCGGAUCGGGACGAAGAAUGUGCCCAGGAGUAGGAUUCGGGGUGGCAUUGGUUGAGGUGACACUAGCUAACCUUGUGAAACGUUACAACUGGAGAGUCCAAAGUCAACCCUCUGGGGAUGAAUAUGAUCUAGCUGAAGCAGCCAGUUUCGAACUUUCGUCGCAAGAAGAUAACUAUCCAGAAUGGGCCAUUUAA